UGUGGUGCUUUAUAUUUAUUGCACAGAAGAAGCCCUGGCUCUGGAGUACCCCUAUCCUGUACAUUUGAAUGGUUUCCCUGCUCUAACACACACACUUCAACUCAGGAACAGCUGUAACUAGCUGAUCAGUUCAGUCAGGUGUGUUGGGUGCAGUUAAACACUCAAAUCUGUGAGACUCCAGUACCAGGCUAGGGAAUUUAUGCUUUAUGGCACUUUAUGGCGAUUUCCGGAUUAUUUUCUUUUGUCGCCUUCGUUCGAGUCACUUAUCGUUCGUCUUUUCAGGCCUGACUCGGUUCGCGAGUCCAUACCCGUCCCCUCGGUUCGAGGCGCUCGGUGCUCGUCUCCCUGCGCCUGAGAACGCUUGGGAACAUGGCGUCAGACGGAAUGAGUUUAACUAACCACGACCACCAAAUUCGAGUUGGGAUAUUGACAGUAAGUGACAGCUGUUUCAGAAACCUUGCUGAUGACCGAAGUGGCUUCAACCUUAAAGAUCUUGUUCAUGACCCGUCCUUGCUUGGAGGAAUAGUAUCUGCAUACAAAAUAGUGCCUGAUGAGAGAGAUUUUAUCAAGGAGACUCUAGUGGACUGGUGUGAUGAGAAAGAGCUUAACCUUAUCUUGACCACUGGUGGAACUGGCUUUGCUCCUCGUGAUGUCACACCAGAGGCCACGAGGGAAGUGAUUGAGCGUGAAGCUCCAGGGAUGGCCCUUGCCAUGCUCAUGGGCUCGUUAAAUGUCACACCUCUUGGCAUGCUGUCCAGACCUGUAUGCGGCAUCAGAGGCAAAACUCUCAUCAUUAAUCUACCUGGCAGCAAGAAAGGCUCACAGGAGUGCUUCCAGUUCAUCUUGCCUGCCCUGCCUCAUGCCAUCGACCUUCUGCGUGAUGCUAUAGUGAAAGUGAAGGAGGUUCACAAUGCGCUGGAGGACCUGCCCUCACCCCCACCACCCCUGUCACCUCCCCCUGUCACCAGCCCACAUAAGCAGACUGAGGACAAGGGUAUUCAGUGCGAGGAGGAAGAGGAGGAAAAGAAGGACAGUGGAGUUGCCUCGACCGAGGAUAGUGGCUCCUCACAUAUCACAGCAGCAGCUAUUGCUGCAAAGAGUGUGUUCCAUCCCACCCAUGCUGUUGUUAUGGCCAAAGGUGGGCAGCCGUUGACUUGCUUCGUCCCUCCCACCACCCUUCCCUCUCAUUUCACCUGCUCCUGUGGAGACCAGAUUCCAGAUGCCAUUAUUUCCCGGGGUGUUCAGGUAUUGCCACGGGACACAGCCUCUCUCAGUACCACCCCCUCAGAGUCUCCCCGUGCUCAGCAGUCCCGCCUGUCCACUGCCUCCUGCCCCACUCCCAAAGCAUCACGGAGAGAGUUCAGGGCACACUUGGAUGAGGUCAUCACACUCGAGUCAAGGUACUCUACCUUGGACCAGGUACAGUCACGGUGUGGCAGCAAAGAGAACAUCCUAAGAUCAAGUCAUAGUGCAGUAGACAUCACAAAAGUGGCACAGAGACACCGCAUGUCCCCUUUUCCCCUUACUUCCAUGGACAAGGCCUUCAUCACUGUGCUGGAGAUGACUCCUGUUCUUGGUACUGAGAUCAUCAACUAUAGAGAUGGAAUGGGCCGAGUUUUAGCUCAGGAUGUCUAUGCCAAAGACAAUCUGCCUCCUUUUCCAGCUUCUGUGAAAGAUGGCUAUGCUGUUCGAGCUGCUGAUGGCCCAGGAGAUCGAUUUCUCAUUGGGGAGUCCCAGGCUGGAGAGCAGCCUACUCGCACAGUGAUGCCAGGCCAGGUAAUGAGGGUGACGACAGGAGCUCCUAUCCCAUGUGGAGCAGAUGCUGUAGUUCAAGUGGAGGAUACAGAGUUACUGCAAGAGUCUGAAGACGGCACAGAGGAAUUGGAGGUGCGGAUUCUGGUACAGGCACGCCCAGGCCAGGACAUUAGGCCAAUUGGUCAUGACCUAAAGCGUGGUGAGUGUGUGCUGGCCAAAGGAACACACAUGGGCCCAUCUGAAAUUGGCCUGUUGGCCACUGUGGGAAUCACAGAGGUAGAAGUGCACAAGUUCCCUGUUGUGGCAGUCAUGUCCACUGGCAAUGAAUUGUUGAAUCCUGAAGAUGACCUCCACCCAGGGAAGAUCAGGGACAGUAACCGCUCCACACUGCUGGCUACCAUCCAAGAACAUGGCUAUCCCACGAUUAACCUUGGAAUUGUUGGAGACAACCCAGAUGACCUGUUGAAUGCCCUGAAUGAGGGAAUAAGUCAUGCAGAUGUUAUAAUCACAUCUGGAGGAGUGUCUAUGGGAGAGAAGGACUACUUGAAGCAGGUUCUGGACAUUGACCUCCAUGCCCAAAUCCACUUUGGUCGGGUGUUUAUGAAGCCAGGCCUUCCCACUACAUUUGCUACCUUAGACCUGGAUGGUGCACGGAAGCUCAUAUUUGCGCUGCCAGGUAAUUUCAGCUACAGAGACACAGGGGUGACUCUCCUUGAGGCCAUGCCCAUGAGCGACAGCGAGGCAAGCAGGCUGCCCGUAUCGCCUCCCCCACGCAGAACUUCAAAAUGGCUUGCUUUUUUCCCCAUGGACAGCUCUCUGGUCUUUGCUGGUUUAUCCUUGGGAGAUGGCAACAGGAUGCACUGUGGGAAGAAUGCAAGCCGGCAGAGGCAGUGUGAUACUCUGGGCAAUGUUCUGCUGAAAAACCUUGGGUCCUGGCAUUUGUGUGGAUGUUAGGUUGACACGUACCACCUACCUAAACAUUGUAGCAGACCAAAUAAACCCCUUUAUGGCUACGGUAUUCCCUAGUGGCAGUGGCCCUUUUCACCACAAUUAUGCACCCUGCCAAAUUGCAAAAUUGUUCAGAAAUGGUGUGAGGAACAUGACGGAGUUAAAAGUCUUGACUUGGCCUCCAAAUUCCCCAGAUCUCAUUCUGAUCAUGCAUCUGUGGGACGUGCUGGACAAACAGGUAAAAUUCAUGUAGGCCCCACCUCAGAACUUAUAGUACUUGAAGGAUCUGCUGUUAAUGUCUUGGUGCCAGGUCUUGUGGAGUCCAUGCCUCAACAGGUCAGAGCUGUUUCAGUGGCACAAGGGGGACCUACACAAUAUUAGGCAGGUGGUUACAAUGUUAUGCAAUAUUUUUGUUUAACCCCUUGAAUUAAAGCUUGAAGACUACACUUCAAUCAUAUAUUGAUUGCUUCAUUUCAAAUCCACUGUGGUGGUGGUGGUUUACAGAGGCAAAAUUUUGAAAAUACACACACGUGUGUAUACUGUGUAUAAUUGUAGAGCUGGUAAAAGUUCAGUGUAGUACACAAAGUGUACAGAAUAUUUUGGAAAAAAGUUCUUUGUUAGCUGUACAAGCAGAGUGUCAUGUAAAGGAGGUGUGGACAGAAGCAAGUGCAGGUUAUGUAGUUUAAUUCAAAAACAAGAAGUCCAAAGGGUAUACACAACAUACAAUUGGCAGGGGUCAUACGAUCAGGCAAACAGAUCAAAACAGGCAAGGCAGAGAAUCGAGGUCAAAAAGUCAAAACCUCAAUAUCAACACUUGGAAAGGCUUGGUAAGGACAGAGACAAUAGCAACUGAGCGUAUACUUCACAAAGACAUUGUGCUCAUACAGUCUCUUUUAUGUGUGGUGUGAUUGCAAGUGUAAAUGGAAACAGGUGUCUCUGAUUAGAACUCCGGAGAAAUGUGUGUGUGUGGUAAGUGUAGUCCUCUUUGGCCAUGUUUGUAGUUGGUGGUGCAUCCUGGGAAAUGGAGUCGCUGGUUUGCUGUGAUAUGAUAGAGUGCUUCUGAGGCUUCUUUCAUCAUCAUGGGGAACAUUAGAGAAUACACAAAUGAAAAGUGAAUGAUUGUGUUGACCAUCAUAAAUCAGACAAUGGCUAUAAAGUUACCUACAAGCUGACCAUAUCCACUAUUACAGCAAUACUUAAAUGACCGGCACUGUAAUGAACCUGCAGUGCAAGAGGACGCAAGAAUAUUUUGCCACUACACACAUUGAGCAGGACGGAGAGGAACAAUUUCUCCAAGGAUCACAGUUGACAGCAUUUUGGGGUCACAACCUAUUUGGAAGACCUACCAUAAGGAAGCCUUUUCUUUAAACUAACCACAAAUGUAAGUGCUUGGAGUUCACUGGAUGCUACCGGAACUUUGACUCGAAGUCUAUGAUAAGAUGAAAGAAAAGAGUAUUUUUGCAACAAACUAUAGUGUAGUUGGGGUGGCUAGAUGAUUAAUAUUAAAUUAUUUAUUCAAAUGUAUUAUUUGUAAUAAUAACUCUGUUAAAGGAGGUACCAAUCCAGUAGACAAAAUAAUUUAAGAAUGAGACAUGCUGAUGAGUGCAGAAUCAAGAUAAGAAAUUGUAAUAAUUUGCCUGAUAUCAGAGGGAAUUUUGAUUUCUCAAAUUAAGUGAAACUCAUUUGUGAGACACUCAAGUAAAAUGCUUACAUACAGUACAAAAAUAUGAUGAUAGAAAAUAUAUGAUUAUAGAAAUGAUACACAAAUGUAGAGAAUAUAAUUGGCAGAUAAGACAAUUGGAUAACGAGCAGAAUAAAGCUAAAUUGCAGACAUGCACCAAGAAAUAUUAUUUAACGUCGGCAAAAAGGCUAGUUAUAGCUAUCAUGCCACCAUUGUAGAAGAAUAGAGUACAUGGAGAAGUUAUAGAAUUACAUUCCAGUGUUGUCUACUUGGUUGGUUCUGAUCCAUGAAGCAGCUUCAGCGUAGUCAGUCAUUGCAGCCAUAUAGAAUUGCACAGAAUGAGUUCUGUGACUUAGUGUUGCAGAGUUCAGCAGGGUUUGUGCUGAACACCUUCUAGAGGUGGUGUUGAGUCUGAUUGUCUGGAGAUUGCAGAGGAAAAUCUAGGACCCUCUGUUGGACAGAUUUUUGAAGGUCCAAGGUCUAGCUUUAGUUGAGCCAGCUUGUCCAGAGAUCUUGGUUCCUAUUAAAGUAAGCAUUAAGUAUAUGUGUUAAUCUGUAAGUUUAUUUUUUGAUGAUGACCUUAUCACUUAAAAAAAACAUGGCUGCUAUCGACCAAUCAGAUUUCAGCACACAUUUACCAGUGUUAUCAUUGACCUAUCACAUUGAAAUUUGAGUGGCAAGGUCAAGUAUGGAACCACUACUAUCUGAUGCAAUCUCACGUUUUCAAACUAGUCCUAGAAUUUUUGUCAGAUUGUCACAUAUUUGAUGUCAAAAUACUCGAGAGUGUGAAACUUAAUAAAGUUAAUUUAUUAUAUAAUAAACAUAAAUAAUGUUUAUAUUUUUAAACAGUAUGGCCGCCACAUCCCAGUUGGCCCAAGUGGGGUGGAGCUGGUUUACUCAAACAGCUGCAUUUCAUAAAUGCCUGCACAAAAUUACACAAAACUUGGAAUGCAUGCAAGUAAGAUUCUGAGGUGAUAGGCCGAGCAUAACCACUGAGAAGGGGCGGCUUUAAAUUGAAAUUGCUAUUUCUCAUAAACAUCAGAUCAGCUUGAAAUUUGAUAAUGUGCUAAUCUGUCUGAAUUUAAUCACCACUGAAUUAUUUCUAAAACAUGAUGCCAUCACAUAGCAGCUGUACAGAAAUAUAUAAAUUCAGGAUAUAAAUUUUAAAUUCAUAAAUUUGUCCCUAAUGAUCAAACCAAGGAAAAAUGGCAAGCAAAAACUCUGAGGAGGACUCUGUAUGAGGAAGAAACCUUGAGAGGAACCAGACUCAAAAGUGAACCCAUCCUUAUCUGGGUGACACCGGAUAGUGCAAUUAUAAAUAAUGUCCUUCUAUAGUUGUGUACUGCAGUGCCCUCCACUAAUAUUGGUACCAUUGGUAAAUAUGAGCAAAGAAGGCUAUGAAAAAUUGUCUGUCUUACAUUUUGAUAUUUUGUUAAAAAAAUUCACAAAAAUACUCUGCUCUCAUGGAUAUCAAACAAUUGUAAACACAUGUUUAUUUAAAAAAAAUAUAUAAAUAUAGGUGUGCAACAAGUAUUGGCACCCCAUGAAUUCAUAUGAGAAAAAUGUAUUUAAAGUAUUAAUAUUAAAAAAAAAAAUUGUCCACCUGGGUUACUUGGAACAGGAAAUUGUUCAACCAUGUCUUCCUCACAGGGUAUAAAUAUGAGGUAACACAGGCCAAAUUUCUUUAGUCAUUCAUCACAAUGGGUAAGACCAAGGAAUUUAGCUGUGAUGUGUGUCAAAAUGUUGUUGAGCUUCACAAAAUGGGAAGUUGCUAUAAGUAUUUAGAAAAAGCAUUGAAAAUGCCCAUUUCCACCAUCAGGGCAAUAAAUAAGAAGUUCCCGUCAACUGGAAAUGUUAUGAGUCAACCUAGAAUUUGACAUGUCUAUAUUGUCUCAUCGCACUGUGAAGAGGAUGGUACGAGUGGCCAAAAAAUUUCCAAAGGAUCAUAGCUGGAGAAUUCCAGAAGUUAGUUGUGUCUUGGGUUUAGAAAGUCUCCAAAACUACAAUCCGAAGUCUCCUACAUCACCACAAGUUGUUUGGAAGGGUUUAAAAAAAAAAAAGCCUCUACUCUCAUCCAAAAACAAACUCGAGUGUCUUCAGUUUUCCACACACUACUGGAACUUCGAAUGGGAUCGGGUUCUAUGGUCAGAUGAAACCAAAAUUUUUGGCAAUAAACACCAGAACAGGGGUUGGCACACAAAGAGGUAGCCAUAUAGAAAAUACCUCAUGCCUCGUGCCAAAUAUGGUAGUGGCUCUUUAAUGUUUUUCUCCUAGAGGACCUGCACAUUUUUGUUAGGAUACACGGCAUCAUGGACUUUAUGAAAUCUCAACAGAUAAAUGAAAACCUGACUGCCUCUGCCAGAAAGCUUAAAAUGGGCCAUGGUUGGAUCUUCCAGCAGGACAAUGAUCCAAAACACACAUCAAAAUCAACACAAAAAUGGUUUACUGACCACAAAAUCAAGGCCCUGCCACAGCCAUCCCAGUCCCCUUACUUGAAACCCAUAUAAAACUUGUGGAGUGAACUGAAGAGGAGAGUCCACCAUUGUUUGAAGGAUCUGGAGAGAUUCUGUAUGGAGAAAUGGUCUCAGAUCCCUUGCCAUGUGUUCCCUUUCAAAGGGAACUUCGAUGUUGCAUUUAGCAUAAC